UCUCUCUGCAAUUAAAGAGUGAACACAAGAAACGCACAGAGAUAAUAAACGGAAAAUUCGAAAUGUCGUCGAACAUCGCAACGAUGGAUUCGGCGUACUUUGUUGGCAGAUCGGAGAUCCUUGCCUGGAUCAACUCUACUCUUCAUCUCAAUCUAUCAAAAGUCGAAGAGGCGUGUACUGGUGCAGUUCAGUGCCAGCUGAUGGACGCCGUGCACCCAGGGAUGGUGCCAAUGCACAAAGUUAACUUCGAUGCGAAGAAUGAGUACGAGAUGAUCCAGAACUACAAGGUCCUUCAAGACGUCUUCAAUAAGCUCAAAAUCACCAAGCACCUCGAGGUUAACAAACUAGUAAAAGGCCGGGCACUGGAUAAUCUGGAGUUCAUGCAGUGGAUGAAGCGCUAUUGUGAUGUAAAUGGAGGGAUUAUACAGAAUUACAAUGCUUUGGAAAGAAGAGAGGCUAGCAAGAGUUGCAAAGAUGUAAGCAAGAAAUCUGCACCAUCACAACCUUCAGCCAAGAAUCCAACUGCUGCCUCCAAGCAUCCGCCUCAUAAUGGUAGAAGAAAUGAUGUUCCCAGUACUAACAGCAUGAAUCCUUCUGGUAAGACCUCCAGGCCAUCCUCAAGUGGAGGUCCCCCUGUCUACUCUGAAGCAGAACGAACUGCGAAUGAACAACAGAUUACAGAGUUGAAACUGUCUGUUGAUAGUCUUGAGAAGGAGAGAGACUUCUACUUCUCAAAGCUGAGGGAUAUUGAAAUCCUUUGCCAGUGCCCGGAGAUAGAAAACAUUCCUGUGGUUCAAGCAAUGAAGCGGAUUUUAUAUGCUGCAGACGAUGAUGCAUCGCUGUUGACAGAAGCUCAAGCCAUGAUCUCUGAGCAUCAUCAAGUUGAGCCACUGGGUUUCAUAUCUGAAUCAGCAGAAGACAGGCUACAAAUUGAUAGCCAGAAGAGGAAGAACAUUACUAAUGAUGAUCUUGAUGCUGCUGCCAUCAACACGUUGUCUCCCAGACAAAGGAUUAGUGAUGCUUCUGAUGUUCAUUGCAGCGGAUCACCCCUUGUGACUUUCUGAUCAUCUCCUCCCAAGGAUGAAUCUCUUUCUCAUCUAUCAUUAUUUACUUCCCGGCUGGAAGCCUGGAAAUCAGCUUUAGCACUGUAAGAAUGAGGGAUUAUUCUGCUCCCAACUUGUACUUUACUGUAUUGUAUGUUCCUAUUGUAUUGCAGUAUGUGAUAUCUGAUCAACUGCUGAUUGUGUAAUGUGGAUGAUAAAUUUAGCAAUUACAUUUUAAAGCUAUUCUGGAAA